GGAUUUUUCUGUUUACUCGAGUUCUGGCUCCGCCCGGAAAGGCGCAUGCCAGGCCGCCGCCGCCGCUGCUGCUGGCGCUGGUGGAGGACGAGGUGCUGCACCCUUUGUUCGUCCUUUUGGUUUCCGUUCGUUCGUUCGUUCGUGUCGUUGCCGUUUGCAUUUGAGCCCAAAAGUCCAGCGUUCCUGCCUAUCCGAGACCAACACGCCCCAGAGGGCACGUCUAGAUUGGCUACUGAGCCCUGUCCAUGUCAAGCUCCCGCUCACAUACCACAUUGCCCAUUUCACACAUCACACACGCGCGCCUCAAUGCCUUACAGACCCAUCAACUUCGAUGCCCAUUCCAUUCAAUAUCGCAUACCAAACCACCUAGACUCGGCUACACACACCCCUCAAGCCUGCCCCGGCAAAGUACCUCGUUCCAAAGCCCCUGCCAAUCGAUGGACUGAGCCAUUGUGAACGCCGCUCAGAAAACUCGGCCAAACCCGCCUCCCCGGGCCCUCGUCCGUCGCUGGGCGUCGUCAAGCUCUUGCACGGUGCCUCGUUUAUUUUUUAUUAGUUUCCCCUAGCCCCGGAGCCUUUCUUCAACCAUCACCACACCCCCUCCCCGGCCGCAAAAUUACACUCCUCUGUUCUGCAUUGCGUCUGCUGCUGGCACCCGCCGCUCGCUUGGACCAGACACCACACAAAGAGCCAGCACGCCAGAUUCCCGUGUCACAGGUUCACCUUCGCGGCUCCAUCGCCUCACCAACUUCCCCGCAUGACCUGGCCAUAACGAUUACCUAAAAACACAAACAUUUUACUCAAUAGAAAGGCUGCCUUUCCACCCCCCCUUGGCCGCCUCGCACAUCGGACGAGAAAACGAGAGCACCCGGCGCCUGCUUGCAACAGGUCAACCAUCCGUCACGCCAACUGUCACGUCAAAGCUCCAUCCUCGUCCUCUGUGUCCCGGCCAUCUGUGUGUUCCACCGUCCAGGUACAUACCCUGCUCCGGAAGUGAGGCCAGGGCCCCUGCCGCCAGCCCGCUGAGCAGCACCACUUGGGACCGUUCCCAUUCCACAAGCGGCCUGGGGAUUAUUACCAAACCAAAAAGAAAAAAGCUGUGCCCUUCUUUGCGUCCAAUGGAAACGCCCCCGGCCCCGCAUGGAGCGGGAGUUGCCAGCUCCAGCAGUCUGAAGCCCACGCUCUCUUCCAACUACAAAACCAUGGCCACCGACUCGUCCAGGCACACCAGCCCCGAGAGGGCUGGCCGCACCUCCUUCUCGUCCAUCAGAGAGAACGACGAAGACCUGGCACAGACCUUCACUGCCUCCAAGCGCCCCGUCCUCUGCCGCCCGUGGCAACAUGAUCGAGGCCCAGUACUUCCCUCCCGUCACCCAGCCCGGAAGCAGGCUCCAUGGAAACUGGUUCCCUGCCAACGGCUUCAAGGGGUGGAAGCAGAUCAAUGUCAAGGGAAAGCUUGCCAGCAAGAGCUUUGGUGAUCUGCAGGUGCUCAACGUUGCUUGGCACGCCACGCCCACACCACAGCCCACACCCAAGCGACGAAAUGGAGCGAGGAGCCCUGGAGAUGCACCCAUCGAGAGGCUCCCGGUCGAGCUGCUGACUGCCAUCAUCAACCUGCUCGUGCUGGAUAUCCCGCCCAACGGGCUCGAGAGGCGCAACAUCGACCUGAUGUCACUGCUUCUCACGUCCAAGACGCUCCACACCGCGACACUGAGCUCGCUCUACAACAGGAUCACCAUCCCCCACUCGAGGAUCUUCCAGAAGUUUCUCUCUCACGUGAACUCACACCCCUCGCUGGGCACCAUCGUGCGCCGCAUUGACUUCUCACACUUUAACCCCUCCACCCUCUUCUCGACGGCAUCUGAGCGAUCGCAGGCGAGGAACCUCACAUCCGAGACGCUGCGACAGUGCCUCGAGCUCACCCCGCUCUUGCAGGAGUUCUUGGCUCAGGAAUACAUCGACGAUGACCUCGACGCGGCCGUGCUCCGCAAGCUAUUCUUUGGGCUCGAUAGGCUGCAGGCCCUCGACUUUUGCGGCUGCUCGUCGGCCUUGUUCAAGACGGCAUUCGCCGAGGUGGUGUCCAACAAGGACGACUGGCCGGUCGCCCUCACCGUCAAGCGUCUGUCCCUUCACAAGUGCAUGACGCUCCCGGCAACGGUCUUGGACACACUGAUGCCACGGCUCACGAGGCUGACGCACCUGGACGUGGCCGGCACGCGCAUCACGGACGAUGCGCUCUGGAGCAUCCCCGCCACGGCUCGGAUCACCCACCUCAACCUCGCCAAGUGCAAGCUCCUGUCCGCCCCGAGGGUGAUCGAGUUCAUCCGCUCACACCCGGCAGUCGCCGAAAGCCUCGAGUUCCUGAGCCUGGCGACGGACGCGCGGAGCCACGAGCUAUUUGACGAGCAGCACCUCAACGAGCUGAUCCCGAUCCUGCCCAAGACGCUCAAGUCGCUAAGCCUCAAGGGCAGCAAGAUGAACGCAUCGCACAUCGACCUGCUCCUGCCGCUGACCAAGCACCUCGAGGAGCUGGCGCUCGGCCGGUCGCUCAAGCUGCGCGACGUGCAGCGCCUCUUCAUCCCGCAGGCCCGGCCGGGGACGCCCGGGUCGGACGGGGACGUGGACAUGACGGGCGAGGACGCCGAGAUCGCGGCGCAGCUGGCGUGGGUGCCGCACACGGUGCGGUAUCUGGACCUGUCGGACAUGUGGGGUGGCGAGCUGGACGCGUCGACGCUCUUCAACGACUCGGUGCUGCUGCAGUCGGUGACGGAGCCGCUGGGCGUGGUCGAGUUCUCGGCCGACGUGUUCAAGAAGGUGCGCAAGUCGACGGGGGCGCUGGCGCGCUACCGCUGGCGCGUGUCCGAGAUCCACGUCCGGUCGUGGCUGGUGCGCGAGGGCGGCGACAACGAGGACGACAACGGCGCGCGCCACUGGAAGAUGGGCGCCCGCUACUGGGGCAUGCGCAAGGUGCCCGUCGCCAAGGCCGAGGUCGGCGGCAUGUACGGGUCGUACAUGUUUGGCCGCACCAUCUGAGCCUGGUCGGCAUGCCUUGCGCGGGCCUGUCUCUACUCGCAUUCUGUUUCAAUAUUUCGCUUCUUGUUCAACCCCUUUUGGUUCUUUCUCUUUCCCCUUUCAAGCUCUUUUAAUGCGUGUUGGAAAAGUCUCAUCUCUUGAGAUUGCUUUCUGGUUUGGCGUUCCUGGACAUGGAAAGAACGAUGCUUUGGUUUCUUGCCUGUUUUCCUCUUUUCUUCUCACACCUUUUUUCUCUUUCUCCGCAUUUUCCUCAUCUUGCAUCCCCAUGGAGUUUUGCUACGCGACCACUCUCCUUGUUGAGGAGCCCUGAGCGGUUUUAAAAGUUGGGAUGAUUCGGGAAAAUCACGUUGGGUUUAUUGAGCGUUGCAGCACCUUCGGCACCAUUCGUGAACGGGAGAGGGCAUCAAUCAGCUUUAAGACAAGAAUAAGCGUAUACCCUUUCUAGGCUUUACUUUCUACCAUGACUUUAUCUCGAAUCGGCGAUGGCUUUCAUGCAGUUGUUCCUCUCGGGCUUGCGACAUCGAUGUUUAGCCCUAGUAGUACAGUGCCUUUCAAUAGCAUCUAAAUUUAAAUCACCCGCAGGACAUUCAUGAACACACUCUGAUCGCCCGCGAUGUAGCGGCUGUAUAUGUAACUAUGUAGGUACCUACUUAUCAGGACUACAUUUCCACACCAGUUGAGGAGUAGUGGAGGCGUGGUCGUGAUGCAACGCCAACCUGCGGCUCGUUCUUGAGCUUGCAUAAACGGAGAAAACUUGUCGUUGUGGAGCUCGGACCUUUAGGCUAUUUUAGGACGCCGAAGGCUGCCGAAAGCCGACAGAAUUAGUGACGAUACUGUGGCUCAA